UAAAGAUAGCUAACUGUAGUUAUGUUCUUUUCACUCAUAACCCCUCUGUAAUUAUGGAAUUUGAAUAUGAACACCAGCUACAUUUCAAUAGAGGCAGGAGUUGGCAUUUUUAAGUUGAUUUAAAAAUAGGCUACGCAGUGAUAGAGAGUCGUCAACCGGCGAGAAAUGCACCGGAGAAUGGGGUUACUGGUCUUGGCUUGUGUUUCGCUGUUUGUGAGCGGCUCUCUGGCUGUGGAUAAAGGAAACUUCAAAACUUGCGACCAGAGUGCCUUCUGCAAACGUCAACGAGCGCUCAAGGCAGGCCAGUCCCCAUACAGAGCUUUGCUGGACACUCUGGAGCUCAGUGAUUCCAGGGUCACACUACAGCUCAUCAAUGACAACAACAAGGUCCGUCUGCUGCUGGAGCUUUACCGGCUGCAGGGCAACAUGACGCGGGUGAAGAUCAACGAGCUGAAGCCCCUCAGGCCUCGCUUUGAGGUGCCAGACGUGCUGGUGUCUGACCCACCUACUGAGCCUAUGUCGCUGGUGUCCCAGGAUGAUAAUGGCGUGGUGUUGUCUCUGGGUGCGGAGCGGCAGCAGAGGCUGAUCGUGAGCGCGCGGCCCUUUCGCCUGGACAUUGUGGAGGGACCCGAGGUGCUGAUGUCCCUCAACUCCCGCGGCCUACUGGCCUUCGAGCACCUGCGCAUGCGCAUGCGCAAAGACACUCAGGCAAAUCCUGAGGGUGAAGAGGCGAAAGAAGACGCAGAUGGAGCUGAGCAGCAGGUGGAAGAGAAGGAAACGGUAGAAGAUGGUGAUAAAGAGGAGGAGGAGAUUGACGGGAUGUGGGAGGAGACAUUCAAGUCACACACUGACAGCAAACCCAAUGGUCCGACCUCCAUCAGUCUAGACUUCUCUCUGCCCGGAGUGGAACACGUCUACGGCAUCCCAGAACAUGCUGACAGCCUCAAGCUGAAAACCACAGAUGGUGGAGAUCCCUACAGGCUGUAUAAUCUGGACGUCUUCCAGUACGAGCUGUAUAACCCCAUGGCCCUCUACGGAGCGGUACCGGUCAUGCUGGCCCAUAGUGCCGAGCGCACCAUGGGCCUCUUCUGGCUGAAUGCCGCAGAGACCUGGGUGGACAUCAGCUCCAACACCGCUGGAAAGACCGUGUUCGGGAAGAUGCUGGACUACGUUCAGGGCGCCAGCGAGACGCCACAGACGGACGUGCGCUGGAUCUCCGAGAGCGGAAUCAUCGACGUCUUCAUCAUGCUUGGGCCCACUCCCGCUGACGUCUUCGCCCAGUACGCCUCGCUGACUGGCACUCAGGCCAUGCCUCCUAUCGCUGCCCUGGCCUACCAUCAGUGCCGCUGGAACUACAACGACCAGGACGACGUGAAGGCUGUGGACAGGGGCUUCGAUGAGCACGACAUCCCCUACGACUUCAUCUGGCUGGACAUCGAGCACACCGACGGCAAGCGCUACUUCACCUGGGACUCCCACAAGUUCCCCACCCCCCAAGACAUGCUGCAGGGCAUCAUGGACAAGCGCCGCAAGAUGGUGGCAAUAGUAGACCCUCACAUCAAAGUAGACAGCAGCUACAAAAUCCACAACGAGAUCCGUGCCCAGAACUUCUACAUCAAAAACAAAGAUGAUGGGGAUUAUGAAGGCUGGUGCUGGCCUGGGAGUGCUGGUUAUCCAGAUUUCACCAAACUACAGAUGAGGGACUGGUGGGCCAGUAUGUUCGCCUAUGAUCAGUAUGAGGGUUCAAAGGAGAACCUGUACGUAUGGAACGACAUGAAUGAGCCGUCUGUGUUCAAUGGACCCGAGGUCACUAUGCAUAAGGAUGCCAAGCAUGGUGACUGGGAGCACCGCGACGUCCACAACCUCUAUGGCUUCUACGUGCAAAUGGCUACAGCAGAGGGUUUGAUUCGCCGCUCUGGGGGAGUAGAGAGACCAUUCGUCCUCACCAGAGCCUUCUUCGCCGGGUCUCAGAGAUACGGAGCGGUGUGGACUGGUGACAACGCGGCAGAGUGGGACCACCUGAAGGUCUCCAUCCCCAUGUGCCUCAGUCUGGGCCUGGUGGGCAUCUCUCUGUGUGGAGCUGAUGUCGGGGGUUUCUUCAAGGCGCCCAGCACUGAGCUGUUGGUCCGCUGGUACCAGACGGGUGCCUACCAGCCCUUCUUUCGUGCCCACGCCCACCUGGACACCCCCCGCCGUGAGCCCUGGCUCUUCGGCCCAGAGAACACGGCACUGAUCCGAGAGGCCGUCCGCCAGCGCUACGCCCUGCUGCCCUACUGGUACCAGCAGUUCUACCAGGCCUACAGAACCGGUCAGCCCGUCAUGAGGCCCUUGUGGGUAGAGUAUCCCAAGGACAUGGCAACCUUCACCAUGGAUGACCAGUUCCUUAUUGGAAAGGACUUGUUGGUGCACCCUGUAACCGAGGAGGGAGCUCGUGGCGUUACGGCCUAUCUGCCAGGACACGGAGAGGUCUGGUACGAUGCCCACACAUUCCAGAAACACAAUGGCGCUCAAAGCCUGUACAUUCCUGUUACCAUGAGUUCUAUUCCAGUAUUCCAACGUGGUGGUUCCAUCAUUCCCAAAAAGGUCCGGGUUCGGAGGUCCUCCUCGUGUAUGGAGACUGAUCCCUACACGCUCUAUGUGGCGCUCAAUCCCCAGAGAACUGCAGAGGGAGAGCUCUACGUUGACGAUGGUCACACUUUCAGCUUCGACUCCAAGAAGGAGUUUAUUCACCAGAGCCUAACCUUUGCCAAAAAUGUCCUUUCCUCCCGGAGCCUGUGCCAUGACUGCCGCUUCUCCUCUCCCUCGUGGGUAGAGAAGGUGAUCAUUCUGGGGACCAGUAAUCCCAAAGGAGUCAACCUUAAGAUUGAUGGUAAAGUCACUCCUCUGGAGUUUGACUUUGAUGCCUCCAUGUCCGUGCUGACCCUGCGUAAGCCUGGCAUGAGCGCGGGCGCAGACUGGACUGUGGAGCUGCUGUAAGGGGUGGUGGGUCUGGGCUCAGAAUCCAUACGCUGUAAUGGAGGUGUGGGCACAGGCUGUAGACCACACACACACACACACACAC